AACGAACAGUUUGCAAACAUAUAUAGCGAGUCUCACGUCUGGUGAAAUUGACAGAUCAACACUUACAGACAUGGCUAAUAUUUGGAUUGGACUGUGUUCGAUACUUGCUUUGGUAUGGGUAUCAUCUGGAAGGAUACGCAGAGAUGAUCAAACGGAAGUACUUGUCAGUGAUUGUCUAUAUUCGAAGUGGGAUGCAUGGAUAAAAUGUUUCGAUGCAAAUGAUGACGGAGUAGUCGCCCUUGAUGAUCUAAAGCAGACAAGUGACAAAUUCAUCCAUCUUCAUGAACUCAUUGAAGAGGAAAAGGACGCCGUAGAGGAGCAAUUUAACAAAUGGUGGACAACUAUACUUCUUUGGAAUGGAAAUGAAAUUACACCUGACGACUUUGUUACGACUCAAGCUAAUGCCUUCAUGCAUGACCGGCAUGGAUUUGUUAACAGGAUGCAGGUAGGUGAAGAGUUCUUCAACAGCAUCCUAGACACUGAUAACGAUGGAUUUAUUUCAGAGAAGGAAGAAUCCAUCUUUCUGGUGGCAGUUGGUCAAACAGAUGACAAGAAAAACCACGAUUUCUUUGAAGGUUUCACUUCAGAAGAGAAAGGAGAACCAAUUGAAGAAAUGACAAGCAUAUGGGUCGACUACUUGACAAAUGAAGAGUGUUCUGAAAUUGAAAAUGUCAUCAGAUAUUUAGACCAAAAGGAUUGAGUCGUCACGUCAAACUUUUAAUACAGUAUAAAUUUUCGUUUUAAGAUCAGUACUCUGCUUUUCUAAAUCAAUAGUUUUUCAACAUCAGCUUUCGUGUAUCAUGGAAAACAUCUACUUUGCAUAUUAACUCUUUAGUGGCACAUACUUAAGAUUAAGUUAAACUCCAUUCUUGGAUUUAUUUAGUAAAAUGUAACUUAUAAGUCAAAUAAACCGUCAAAAUCGA